AUGGAUGUCCAACUGGAAUCCACACUUCAGAAUGGUAGCACAUCAGGGAAGGCCUCAACUCUUCCAGAGCUACCCCAUGUGACUAAUAACAUAAUACCGCUUUCGAACGUAUUACGCUUCUACACACAAGAAGCGUAUAAGCAGUUGAGCCGCCUGAUUGAAAACUUGGCCAAUGCAAAAACUAGUGAGAGCGACAUAUCACGCAAGCGCAAGUUUCUUGAGGUGAUUGUAUCUCUAAGACGAGAUUUUAUCAAAAUAUACACUUUGGUUAAGUGGGCUCAGAACUCAAGGGACGUGUCGAAACUAAUUGAUCUAUUGAAUUACUUCCGCCAGCAAGAAUUCUAUUUUGAAAACUUGAGUAUUGGUAUAAAUGAGCUUAAUAAUUUUAGUGGGGCUAAGCUCCCUGACUCUGAUAUUUUUACAGCUAUCGAGAUCUUAAUCAAGGGACGUCCUCAACUCCCAUCGUACAACUUCAUUCCGAGAGCACCUGUAUCACCAGAAAAAAUUCUAGAGGUGCUAAAAGAUAUCAAUAUGACUCUUACAGCUCGAAUGGCUCUUAUAGAGGAUAUGCCUUCUCGCUUCAAGAACAACUACGAGAUCAAGGAUGGAAGAGUCAUCAUCACCAUACCCAAUGAGUUUCAGGUCUCUAUUACGGUUGGGAACGAUCUCAUAAUUGAUUCCGAGCAGGAUUACUAUAAAUCACCAUUCUUCUUCAUCGACUUUGCAUUUUUAUUUGGUAUCAACCCGGAUACUGGCUUCAUCACACACAAAGAUAGCAGGAUAAUUACCAGACUCCCCAAAUCAUCCAGAGAUAAGCUUGAGACAGUGAUGAAUCAGGUUUUAUUAACUCAGUCGCUCUCUGGGCUUUACGACACACUUCACAAGUAUUCAAUAUCGUUCAAGCUCUAUCUUAUCUCCCGUCAACUCAGGGAUCUUUCAGUUCAGAGCAAAUGGAAGAAUAAUAUUCAGUUCCGCUAUUCUUCGUGUCUAGUCAUCAUUAAUUAUUGGUCUAAAAACUACUUUUCCAGGGACUGGAAAUCAUUCAUCGAGAUUGGAAUAGACAGACAUUACAAUCUCAACUUUCGUUGGUUUAAAAACGGAAAGUACAAUCUCAACCACAACAUCGAAAACAUUACUGGUGAUGACAAUGACGAUGUGCAAGACUUGAGCGUCGAUUUGAUACUCAGUCUCAUAAUAAAUAAACACUCUGAGAUCUUGAUGCGGAAGAUAUUCGAGAGGAUCUCCCUUCAAUUUCCACCUGACGCAUGCUCGUCUAUAAAUCCUUAUCAAUUAUUGAUUCAAGUUACGCCGGGAAAGUCGACCAUCCUCGCAAUCAAUCCACUCACUGGCUUCUUUUAUUUUAUGGAUCCAUCUCCGAUCCAAGCUCAAAUUCAAAACAGAAUUAAUAGCCCCCCAAGUGGUACUAAGACGAACACCUUUUUAAGUGAGAAUGAUAUCAUCACCAACGUUGUUCAUCACCUACUACACCUUCGUUUAGAGAGUUUGAGUGAAACGAUCAACAACCAGUUGAUAUCAAGUGAGUGGAUAGCGAACGACAUUAUCAAACUCAACGAGACCGAGACAAGUAAGCUCUAUCUGAAUCUGAAAAUUCCGCAGGAUACUGAUGUUCCUAAAAGACCUAGGAAGCUUCAGUUUUAUAGAUGUCGUAAUUGGCCAACGUUCUCUUUCUUGAUUUGCUCGAUCGAUGGUGUUGCACUUCAAACUCAAUGGUGGGUUUCUCGACUCAAGUCCAUGAAAGGAGAAUGGAGGAUACAGUGGAUGCAGAAGCUAAAGCCAAGCCAAGAAAGUGGUUACUCAUAUGCUUUUUUUAAAGAUCUCUCCAAGCUCGGCUCCAAUUUGAUUGUCGAUCAUAUAAUAGUGGAAGAGUUGCAAGCUCGCAAAAUCGAUUACAUCAGCUUCAGCGAUGAAAUUGCAAUCAGCCAUUUUGACUUGCCCUUCAAACUCGAGACUUCACCCACGAAGUAUGAAUCUAUCUUCGUCUUAUUCAACCAGGGGAAACUUUUACCAGUUUCUGUGUCCUCGACUUCGAUAUUCCUUCGUGUACUGCUAUCAUCCGAUGACCUCUCGACAAAAAUGGAUCUCUCACUAUCGGGAUCACUUAGAAACUUGUCGGAAGCAGAUAUAGGAGUUCUUGAAAAACUAGACGUGGAUAUCAAAGCUGAGAAAGAAAAGUUUGAGAUACGGAGUGUGGUCGAUUUGUCCCGAAAACUGAUGGACAGUCAGGAGUCAGAUGGGGCUCACAAUUUCUUGGGCAAGCUUUUCCUCCAUUUAGAAAAAGUCGACCUGUUGGUGAGAUUGUUAUAUCAGCUCAGAAAAACUAACAUUUUCGUUACAACUACUUCCAUCAAUCAACUAGAAUUCACUAUUGACCCUGUUUACGAACAGUUUCAUCUCAAACUCCCCGUUAACGACCAAGAAACACCAGAGUUGACCACAGGAGACCACGAGGAAGAUUCGGUGAAAGUGUUAACAAGAUUCUUGAAUCGUCAAAUUGCCGAAUCACAUGAAGCAUUGGUAGGAUCCAUUCGGUAUCUCAAAGAGUUUGCUCCGGUUGUCGGUGCAGCUAAGAAAAUACGCAUGCAUUUACUUGACAAGGAAAUACCCAAGCUUCCGAACAAAUUAUCAAAACUUCAAUUUGAAGUUAAAUUGCAACAUUUGAACUCAUUCCAAUUUGUGUUUUACCACAACACCACGAACCCAAAUGCUCCGAAAAAAACACAAAAAAAUAGAAUCUCAUUCGCCAUGAGUUAUGCCACCAAUAAGUUUGAUAACGAAGCCAGACUAUUUCAUAAAUUUUCCAUGAAGGAGAAUCUUAACUCCCAAAACCUCAGAUACAAGCCACUUUUUGAAAUGAUUUUCAAAGCUGCAAGUGAAUUGCAACAGGAGAUACAAAAGGAUUCGACACGAGGUUUACUAGUCAAACUCAAUUAUGACUUUUUGGUUGACCAUCUGAUCCUAGAGGCUUUGUUGCUUAAGAUUGCAGACUGUUUCUUGAACUAUAUUCAAAAUGAGUCUUGA